CACGCUUGCGCUGCUUUUUGUUAUUCUUUCUGGGGGUCUGGUCGUGCCGUGGAGCAACCAAGUCAAAGCAGAGGGACGCGCGCGGUUAUCUGGGCUCACGGUGCGUCUUACGGCAUCGAACGAGCCACAUUGACAAGUGGAGGCGGUUAAAGUGCCUUUGUGUUACGUUGCCAUGGAAACGGAAGCAGCGGUGGAGUUCCGAAAUGUGGCCCGCAGUUAUUUCCCUCAAAGCAGAGUGGACUGCCAUUACACGCUCAGCGCAGGCCACACCUGGACCAGCGGCGACUGGGUCGGCCUCUUCAAGGCGGGCUGGCCGUCAACGAAGGACUACCAGACGUUUGUUUGGGCACCGGCGCCCGCCGACUGUCAAGAGCUAACAGAGGUCAACUGUUGCGUUCAAUUCCAGGCAUCUUACCUUCCUAGACCAAGUGGCCAAGAGUAUGAAUUUGUGUAUGUCGCUGCAAAUGGUGAAGAUUACUUCCGGAGCUCAAGAUUCACAUUUUGCACCCCCAAACCCCUGGACGACCUGGUGACCCUUGAGGAGGAACCCCACGGGGAAGGAGACAGCACAGACAUUCUGCUGGUCGUACCUCGGGCCGAACUACUGAAGCGCCAACUGCGGGAAUGUUUGCGAGAGCAGGCUGAGCUUCUGCGGAUGCAAGAGCAAGCCAAGGAGCAAAAGGAGAAAGAGAGACGAGACUUCAACCGAGAGAGGCUCGCCUGGAGUAGACUUCGCGGAGAGCUCCAUUCCGACAUCAGCGGGCUGCAGGACGAACUGAGGAGAAGCCAGGAGAAGAUUGAAGAGCUGGAGGGAUGGCAGAAGGAGGAAACGGCUUUGGGGGAAUGUCUCGCACAAGAAAAAAGAGCUUUAGUAGAAGGGAGAGAGGCCAACAGGUUGCAAAUUGAACAACUGCAGGAGGACAUCAAAACGCUGACGCAGAGAGCUCUGCAAGGAGAGACGGAGUUGGAAAGGAUAAAGGAAAGCGCUAAGAGGACAGCAGAAGAAGAGGAGACGGACAGGCAGAUACUGCAGAGCAUGCUGGAACAGACACAGGGCGACCUUCGAAGUUUGUCCAAGGAGUUUCGGGAGCUGAGGACCUCCCUGGCCCAGAGAGACACCAGCGCGCUGCAACUCCAGAACACCAUCAGCAGCCUCAGCCAGAAACUGUCCGCGGCUCACAGGAAAGAGGCGCUGAACGAGGCAACGCUGAAGGAGAUGAGGAGCCUGCAGGAACGUUUGGAUGCGAGCGAGCGCGCCGCCGACGUCCUGAAGAACGAUCUGAGCUCAACGGCCGGCCAAAGAGAUCGCGGGCAGACCGAAGUGCAUCAGGCCCGCCUUCAAGCUGCCCAGCUUACCUUGCAGCUAGCCGAUUGCAGUCUGGCUCUGAGAGAAGGCCGAGCACAAUGGGCUCAGGAAAAGCAAAGUCUGCAGCGCAAAGCUGAGAAGGCACGCGAGGAUCUGGAGAACCUUACAGCCGAGAUGCAUACGAUUGAGGAAAAGCUCCAGGAGGAGAGGACCGAGCGAGUGAAGCUGGAGGUGGAGCUCGGGAGAGAAAAGGAUUGCAACAGGGUCCAAGUAAGCGAACUGCGCAGGGAGCUCCAGGAGCUGAAGUCCAGCCUGAGGGUGAAGGAGAAGGAGCACCUGCGUUUGGAGACAAAAGACUUGAUGGACUACAGCUGUCAGUUGGAGCAAAAAAUGGGAACGGCAGCCGGCGCCAAGCGGAGCGCCGCUUCCACAGGCGGCGCCUCGUCGGACGACCAGUGGGCCUCGCGGCCUUCGGGUCUGACCGGACCUCCGGGGACCCCGGUCGCGAGCGUCAUCAGCCAGCAGCCGGCGCCCCUCUCCUCACCUCACGAGCCGGGAGACUCCUCCGGCCCGAGGAAGAACCCGGUUGCACAGGAGGAACAGAGCAGCGUGCGGAUCACGCGGACACAGUCUAAGUGAACACGUCGCUAUGGUAACCAGCGGUGGACAUCCCUCACGUGAGAAGCAGCAGCAGCAGCAGCAGCAGCAGCCCUUCCAUUAUUUUUCCACAGACUCAAUGGUGAUAUGCAAUCUUGUUUUUUUUUUAGGGGGGGGGGGGCGUUUAUGAUGGGGGGGGCUUAAGACCCGGGUGGACAGAGCGGGCGUUUAGGCUCCGUUUGGCAGGUUGUAGCCCAACGCCUGGGCUUGAAUCAUCGCUACGUGGAGAGCUUUACGGCGGAUGUUAUGUCGUUUUUAUGACAUUUGUGAUUAGGAGUCAUGACAGGCGGCGUAAUUAUGAUGUUUUGUGCGGGGCCGCUCCCCGCUGAAAAUCAUGGCAACGCUCCCUCGCAAGCAUUAAAUUCUCCCCAUCGCUGCUUUGAAUGCCAGUCGCGACGGCAUAAAGCAUUCAUACGGCAUGGCGCUCAAAUGAUUUGGCAGGGGAGGCGUGACGUUAUAUCGCGCCCAACGUUUGAAAAUGCACGCCGUUAAAAAAAAGAAGAUGUUUUUGCAAUCAAACGCUCGUUGAACAGAUUAAAGUUGACGGCAACUUUGUAUGAAUAACUUUUAACGCCAUCGGUCUGGAACUUCAUUCGCAUUCACACGGCUCGAAAUUUGCACCUGAAUAAUUCAAGAGCGCUCUUAUGAAAGAAAAUCUUUCUCAUCACGUGCUGUCAGCAUGUUCCCCCGAGGCCCGUGGCAAGAUAGUGCCUAGUAAAAAAUCUUUUUGUCAUAAAGUGCUGCAAUUAAGCUGAACUUGGACCGAGGAAAAAGGGAGCCGACAAAAAAACAAAAAGAACGGGACGGGACGUUCAGACCAAUUCAGCCCUCAGUCAACAGAAUAUAGCCAAAUGCCCCCCCCCGAACACAUGUUGAUCUUAAUCCUCCCACGUUGCGUGCUGUGUCCACGUUUUUUUUCCUAUAAGAUUUUUUUUUUUAUGCAGAUAUUUUGCAGUGUUUGGUUUUAUUGUAAGGCAAGAAAUAGCACAGGAUUCAUAAUGUGCGAAAGAAAUGGAUUUUAAUGUUUAAUCAUCUUGGGUGGGAUUAUUGAAAAGGGAGCAGCCGCUUUAGUGGGCCAAUUUCUCACUGUCGUUUCGCUUUGAAAAGCACACGGCAGUUUUUUUUUUGGGGGGGGGGGGGGUUACGACAGGAGGUCGUCGCACAGCAAUUACUCCGAUUUGCUUUGGAAUUGUGUUCAUCCCGCCAUGUAUGUGGCCAUGUAAGAGGUUUGGGAUUCUUGUCUAAUAAAAAUCGAUAUAUCUCUAAA